UAAUUAUUUCUUUCUUGACCUAGCGACAUAUAACGACAAUUAAUAUGUAAUUUUACAACGAACAACAUAUUACAGCAUAUUAUUUCUAAAUCAUUAUGAAUUUUUAUUUUUUAGGUGGACAACUUAAUAACUAAGGCGAUUUUAGGGGCUUUUGACACAAACCUUAGGGAUAAAUAUUUUUGAGAGUUGGUAACACUGUUUUGUUCACUGAUGUGCAGGUGGAGUGCUUUGCUUACUGCUUUUGAAUUCUGAUAGGAAAUUUGAAUUAAAUCAAAUAACUAUUACGAUUGAGCUUAUGUUUUACCUCAAUUUAUAGUGAAAACAAUGUAUAUUCGUAAACUGUAUACGCUCGUAUUUCUACGUAACGACACGCACAUUUUGUUGGGGCUCAAAAAGCGUGGUUUUGGGGUAAAUAAGUGGAACGGUUUUGGCGGGAAAGUCGAAGCCGAUGAAACAAUACUUGAUGCUGCACUCCGGGAGCUGAAGGAAGAGUGUUGUGUGACCGUUGACAGAGAUAAUUUGAAGAAUAUCGGUCAUUUAGAGUUUACCUUUACAGGUGAACCUACAUUGAUGGAUGUAAGAGUCUUUUCUGCUACAGUUUUUGAAGGAACCCCCACAGAAACAGAUGAGAUGUCUCCAAAAUGGUUCCCUUACACAGAGAUCCCAUUUGAAGAUAUGUGGCCCGACGAUGUUAUUUGGUUCCCUUAUAUGUUGAAAGAUAAAUUAUUCUUUGGAAAGUUUCAUUACAAAGGUUACGAUACAAUCUUGAAUUAUAAUGUGGAAGAACUUGAGAGUAUGCAGAAGUUUUAUCAUGAUAAAACUAAAUAGCCUGUAUGUUAGUUAGGGUAAUAUUAGAAAAGGUAGAAUCUCUUCAUGAUGUAGUUUGUGGAAGCUGAAUUUUUUGUAUGUCUACUUUUCUUACAUAAUAUGUAAAUGUAUGUUCUCUGUCUAUUAUUGGUCAUUUUAAAAUUUUGUUGAGUUAUUAUGGUUAUCAAAUUUUGUUUGUAACUUUGAAUUACAUAUUUUUUUAUUUAUUCAUAAUACUGAACACUGAAAGUGCAUUUUUAACAAGAUGGUAAAUGCUUAGCAAACAGAAAUAUUCUUAGAAAGAUUCAUGGAAAAUAAAAGACUGUUCUUUGUGCUAAAGACAACCCUAAUUUAUAUAAUUAUUGAAGUAAAGAAAAAAGUAUAUCUUCUGGGCUUCUGGAACCUUACAUACAUCUUGCUGUGAUGACUGAUGAUAUUUUUUUAGUAACUUGAUCUGUGAUUACAAGUACUGUACUUAGCUAUGAAUAUAGCGCUUAGAAAUAAAUAGAUAAUAAGUAAGGUUUUCUGUUAGACUUUUAUCUCUAAUUUCCACUAAAUGUUAUCUUUGGCUGUUUAGUUGAAUGGUUGGGAGUUAAUAAACCAUUCAACUAUAUGUCCAAACCAAGUAGGUAUGUUAAGUAUUGAUAUUUGAUUGUGUUUGUUUUGUUAAUUUCUUGUAGAAUUUGAUUUUAAGUAUCUAUUUGUAAUAAACUGUGUUGUAAAAGUCCAAAA